AUGGGAAAUUGUUGCUCCCAAGGCGGAGAUACCCCGGCCGAUAACACUGCCGCCGCGGACAAGGGAGAAACCAACCAAGAAAACACCAAUAAUAAUAAUGAUAACGAGCCAUCCACUAACCCUAUAACUACGCCACCUCCAACCUCCAAACCACCAGCCACCAACACACCACCUCCAGCAAAACCCUCCAAACCGGCUGCUAUGGGCCCCGUUUUACAACGACCAAUGGAAGACGUGAGAGCUACCUACACCAUAGGGAAAGAGCUAGGGAGAGGACAAUUUGGGGUGACACAUUUGUGUACAAAUAAGGUGACAAAAGAACAAUUUGCAUGCAAAACAAUUGCCAAGAGAAAACUAGUGAAUAAAGAGGAUAUAGAAGAUGUUAGAAGGGAGGUGCAAAUAAUGCAUCAUCUAACAGGUCAACCAAACAUUGUGGAAUUAAAAGGUGCAUAUGAAGACAAACAAUCUGUUCAUUUGGUUAUGGAAUUAUGCGCCGGUGGUGAACUAUUUGAUCGAAUCAUCGCAAAAGGACUCUAUACAGAACGUGCUGCAGCUUCAUUGUUGAGGACCAUUGUCCAAAUUAUUCAUACUUUGCAUUCAAUGGGUGUCAUUCAUAGAGAUCUUAAACCUGAAAAUUUCCUCUUGUUGAGUAAGGAUGAAAAUGCACCUCUUAAAGCCACCGAUUUUGGUCUCUCCGUCUUUUUUAAACAAGGAGAUAUGUUCAAAGAUAUUGUUGGGAGUGCAUAUUACAUAGCACCAGAGGUGUUGAAGAGGAGAUAUGGACCAGAAGUUGACAUAUGGAGUAUUGGUGUUAUGCUAUACAUUCUUCUUAGUGGUGUCCCUCCUUUUUGGGCAGAAUCUGAACAUGGAAUAUUCAAUGCCAUAUUAAGAGGACACAUUGACUUUCAAAGCGAUCCAUGGCCUUCAAUUUCACCCGCAGCAAAAGAUCUUGUAAGGAAAAUGUUGAAUUCAGAUCCCAAACAAAGACUUACAGCACAAGAAGUUUUGGAUCAUCCUUGGACCAAGGAGGAUGGAGAAGCACCAGAUAAACCUAUUGACAAUGCUGUGUUGGGCAGACUCAAGCAGUUCAGAGCAAUGAACCAAUUUAAGAAAGUUGCUCUAAGGGUUAUUGCUGGAUGUUUAUCAGAAGAAGAAAUCAUGGGGUUGAAAGAAAUGUUCAAGGGGAUGGACACUGACAACAGUGGAACCAUUACCGUUGAAGAACUCAAACUAGGCCUUCAACAGCAAGGAACUAAGCUUUCAGAACAAGAAGUUCAACAAUUAAUGGAAGCUGCUGAUGCUGAUGGUAAUGGAACGAUAGAUUACGACGAGUUCAUCACAGCAACAAUGCAUAUGAACAGAAUGAAUAGAGAAGAACAUCUUUACACUGCAUUCCAAUAUUUUGAUAAAGAUAACAGCGGGUUCAUUACUACUGAAGAACUAGAUCAAGCACUCCGUGAAUACAAUAUGCAUGAUGGAAGAGACAUCAAGGAUAUUCUUCAAGAAGUUGAUGGAGAUAAUGAUGGACGUAUAAACUAUGAUGAGUUUGCGGCAAUGAUGAGAAAAGGAAAUCCAGAAGCUCAUACUAAGAAGAGGCGUGAUUCAUUUGUUUCUGUUACACAAUAG